CAUGACGACAACCCAUCGACGUAAGUGGGUACUAAUCGCGCGGUGAAAUCGUGGGGGAAACUUUCCGAAAAACGAAAUCUGCAAUCAUUCCCGUAGUCAGAAGUAAGUCAAGAGGGUUGUUCGUCGUUCGAUCGUAUUGUGUCGUACGCACGUUCAGAGAGUUAACACUUAUCCGUACACUCUUAGGUUCAUACAGUAAAACGUUUUCGAGAGCCUCCCCAGCAGCCGUGUGCACACAAAGUUUAAUUAUUUAUUCGCUCGAAACAAAUUUGAAAUGGUAAUAGAAUGUAGUAAAAAAGAACGAGAAAAACUUUUCAGUCAGUCCAAUGGUGCGCUUUUACCGGGAUACACUGGUCAUUGUCCAACAUUAAAAUUUCGUUUUGGAAAAAGAUAUGGAGCCAAUACUCUGGAAAUUAUCCAGGAAUUACGAGAAAAAGGAAUGAUAAAACAAUGCGAUUUAAAAAAUGUAUAUUUAAGAGAUAGUCCAUUAGACAAACUACAACCUAAGCCUAGUGUAAAUGAUUUUAAAAUCAAUACUGACAAACAACAAGAAACAGUUAAUAAUUAUCAAAGAUAUAUUUUAGGCUAUACUGGAUAUAUACCAGGGAUGCAUUUCCGGUAUGGCAAAACAUUUUGUACUCUAGCGCAAGAAUGCGAAGAAAAUAUGCUCGUAAAAUUAUCAUCAGAGCAAAGUCGAAAAACUAUUGACAAGCCUGUUCGCUUUUUACCCCCGAAAAUGGUACCAGAUAAAGCUAAUAUGCGUUUACAACAUACAUUAAAUAAAUAUAAAAGAAGCAAAGAUUUUAAAGAUCACAAAGUGUCUUCAGAAUUGCCACCUAUAGCUGGUUAUACAGGUCAUAUUCCAAGACUCAAAGUAUCUAAUAUUGCAGUGAGUCUACCUUUUCAUCAUUCCGCAAAACUUGGACUAUCGAAGAUUGAAAAUGCUGUUAAAGAAUGCACUAGAUAAUUUUUAGAUAAAUUAUUAUUUAAUUAUUAAUUUCAAUUCUAUUUACUUUUAGUAAAUAAAUUAU